AUGUUCGUAAGAUUCACUCCCAGUGUGAAGGUCUUAUCAGUUUCCAAUUACACAUUCGUGGUUAGGUCCGGAUUUCGAUGUGUUGUUAAUGUACGUAAAUCCCUCAGUACUAUAGCCUGCUACCCUCGUGACGGAAAAUUUUCGACAAUGGCAGACAUCGAAUACACCGAGCUUUCUUCCAACUUCUCGGACUUGGUGGUGUUCGACGUGAGGAACCGCCACGAGCUGGAGGAGAAGGGCCAGAUCCUCGGUUCCAACUGUGUCCCGUUCGUAGAGUUGGAGAGCGCAAUGGAAAUGGCUGAAGAUGCAUUUGAGGCUAAAUAUGGUCUGAAGAAGCCCACAAAAACCACGCCCAUCAUAACCCACUGCACGAAGGGUGGGCGGGCGAGGAAGGCAGGGGAUCUACUCAAAUCGAUUGGUUACAAUGCUAGAGUUUAUGCUGGUUCCUUUAACGACUGGAAAGCCAACGGCGGCAGUGUACUUAACCCUGGAAAACCCUACGUGCCUCAGAAUUAAGGGAAAAAUGGUCUUUGAUCGUGGACCGUACCUCUUAAAAGGAAUUGUAUGUUCGUCUUUUUUCAUAUUAUAAGGUACUUGGUGGACAACACUCAGUAUUGUGGCAUUUUUUUAUUGUGAUGUAUAAUUGUUACUGAUGGAAAAUAAACGCGAAGGAAUGUAUGUU